AUGUCUGACAACACUAAACCACGUAAAAGACUUAUCAUCAAACUCAGUUAUCCUCCUGGUUCUCGAAAACGUGAUUCAGAUUCUUGCGGUAGAGACGAAAACAAGAGAAGGAAGAUUCAAGAUUCGGUAAGACCAACGGUAACCUAUUAUUGGAUUGAUUCUAAUUAUCAUACCAAAACAACACCUUUGUCUUUGUCUCAACCCUACGAUGACAAUGUUGUUGAAAACAAAAACAUCACCAAGAACCAUGUUUCCAACACAGUUAUGUCUCAACCAAAGAAUAACAUCAUUGAUGUUGAAAACAAGAAGAUGAUCAAGACCCAAGUUUCAAAAAUAGCAAGAGCGGAAGAAAGUUUAAGACUUUAUACAAAAAGCAUCUUGAUGGUGAAGGAUUCAUCAAAAACAGCCUCUGUCACAAGAGCUGAAGAAUGUCCCGUGAAGAAAGCGAUGGAAUGUGUUAAGAGAAGAGAAUGUUGGUUGAUUUUGAAGAGGAUGUUGGUAGGGAGAGAUGGUUGGGAUUUGAAAGAUCCUCCAACAAGAGCAAUGGUUGAUAAGUCUGUUGAAUAA